GGAGAAGAAGAAGAAGGAGGAGGAAAGGAAAAGGUGGAUUGAACAGGAAGGCGCGCUCUUUGGCUCCGCCGAAGAAGAAGAACAGCUGGUAAACUUGUUUACCACUUCACUUCAAAGGAGAAUCCAGUUUGUGCCGAGUCGUGGUGAGAGUUAACAGCAAAUAACAGAGGUAACCGGUUUCGAAUGGACGUGCUCUACUGGCCGGCGCAGCUCCGUCCAGAGACAUGGCACAACAGAUGGGAGACGGCCAUCGGAGGUUUCUACAAACCAUGAUGGCCAAUGGUGUUGUUGAUGAACAAGGAGCAAGGUCACUUCACCAGCACUGCUGUGAAACACACAACACACAGUAUGCACGUGACAAACUGGACGAUUUCAUUGCCGCCAUCAACUCAAAGCUGCAGCCCAUGUUCAUGCAGAUUAGAAGAGGGAUGUCUGAAGACAACGGGCAACAAUACUACGCUUUGGUGAACAUGGCGGAGACUGACGUUACUAGGAUGUCAUCGGAUUAUGCUGACAAUGAGCUGGAGCUGUUCAGGAAAACGAUGGACCUGAUUGUGGGCUCUGAGAGUGGCAAGGCCUCCUCCACCGACAUCCUGAACAGCGCCGACACCCUGACCACCAAAAAGCUGAAGAAGAGCGAGACAGAGCACCUCUUGAACCGACUGGUGCACGGCCAGUGGCUGAGUGAGAAACGUGGUGAAUACACAUUGUCCACCAGAUGCAUUAUAGAGAUGGAGCCAUACAUCCGCACAAUGUAUCAAGACCAGGUCAAAGUGUGCCAAAUCUGUCACAACAUCGCUUUCCAGUGCCAAAUUUGUGAAAAUCCUGUAUGUGGCAUAAAAAUACACAACCCGUGUGUUGCCAGAUACUUUAAAGGGAGAUCAGAGCCGCGGUGUCCGGCUUGUGACGACUUCUGGCCUCAUGAAAUACCCGAAAUCCGACGGCCCAAAUCUCAGUCCAGAAAAUGAGUAUUUGUUCAUUGAAUUUGUCCAGAAUUUUUUACAUAAGUUUUUUAUGAACCAGACUAUAGAUAUAAAUGUCUUUCUUUUUUUACAAUAAUAAAUGAGAACGUGUUUCAUUG